CAGUGGGAUACAUGGUGCUAGAUCCCUCUAGUAUAAUCAGAGCCAUAGCCAGGGUCUUAAUGGUGGCAGCAGUGGGAUACAUGGUGCUAGAUCCCUCUAGUAUAAUCAGAGCCAUAGCCAGGGUCUUAAUGGUGGCAGCAGUGCGAUACAUGAUGCUGGAUCCCUCUAGUAUAAUCAGAGCCGUAGCCAGGGUAUUAAUGGUGGCAGCAGUUGGAUACAUGGUGCUAGAUCCCUCUAGUAUAAUCAGAGCCAUAGCCAGGGUCUUAAUGGUGGCAGCAGUGGGAUACAUGCUGCUGGAUCCCUCUAGUAUAAUCAGAGCCAUAGCCAGGGUCUUAAUGGUGGCAGCAGUGGGAUACAUGAUGCUGGAUCCCUCUAGUAUAAUCAGAGCCAUAGCCAGGGUCUUAAUGGUGGCAGCAGUGGGAUACAUGGUGCUAGAUCCCUCUAGUAUAAUCAGAGCCAUAGCCAGGGUCUUAAUGGUGGCAGCAGUGGGAUACAUGGAGCUAGAUCCCUCUAGUAUAAUCAGAGCCAUAGCCAGGGUGUUAAUGGUGGCAGCAGUGGGAUACAUGAUGCUGGAUCCCUCUAGUAUAAUCAGAGCCAUAGCCAGGGUCUUAAUGGUGGCAGCAGUGGGAUACAUGAUGCUGGAUCCCUCUAGUAUAAUCAGAGCCAUAGCCAGGGUAUUAAUGGUGGCAGCAGUGGGAUACAUGCUGCUGGAUCCCUCUAGUAUAAUCAGAGCCAUAGCCAGGGUUUUAAUGGUGGCAGGGGUGGGAUACUGUUGCUGUAUCCCUCUAGUAUAAGUAGGUACCUAAAACAAUGAUCCUAUGUGAUGGUGAAAAUGAUUUUAUAAUAGCAAACAUUAAAAAAAAAUAGACAAGGAAACCUGAAAGGUGAUGUCUAUCUAGCUUGAGCUCUCUUACAGAGCCAUAAAACUGAACUCACUUCUCCAAAAUAUAACUUACUGCCACUAAAUGUGCACAUUUUCUUUUAUUCAAAUUUA